CUCGAAUUAAAAUUGAACCUUGUCAUUUGGUAUAUUUUAAUGUAUUUUUGUUAAUAUAAAAAUUAGAAUUUAAUCGGUUGACUAUCCUGAGAGCUAUUAAGGAUUUUCGAGAUUGUUGAAUAAAAUUGUGAUAUGGUAAGAGAAAUUUUUGGAAAAGACAAGCAUAUACUCCUCCCCACCUUUUCUGCAAGAACUUUCAUUUUUUACGUACGUUUUGAGAUUCCUGCCGACAUAAUAAAUGAAGUUUCUCCGGUAUCAAGACAAGGAUCAAGAUUUUGUAAUUAUAAGAAAUUAAAAGAAUCACAAUUGAGCUCAUCCGAUGCAAUGAUUACCAUUUCACUAUAUGCAGUUCCGACUUUUACGCCACAAACCCUUUACCAACAUGUUAUAAAAAUUUCUGUCAACACUUCGACUUCAACCAUUCAUAAUAUAUUUUUAUUACAUUUCGUAGCCAAAAUUUGGUUAAUGCAACGAAAUCUCUUUUUAAAAAUGAAUACUUUUGAAUUAAUAUUAUAAUUUAAUGAAGAGAUAGUGAUCAGAAAAUUAGGGAAUUAAUUGAUAUAAGAGGUAAUUAGCGGUAAAUACUCAGAUAAUGGGAUGAGCUAAUUGUCAACUGCCCCCUCCCCGAGAGGGCUCGGCAAUGUUCGGCCCGGCGAGCGGAGGGCAACGAGAACAGGUUGAGUUGUGGGGUGAGGCCUCAAAGAUGGCGAAUGUUACGUUUUCGUGUCCGUGUUGUUUACGGUUUAGAUAUAGCCCCGAAGAAAUUGAACAGAGGACUCACAGCCAGGAAAUAGAUAAAACUAUAGAAAAAGAAAAACACUCUUUCAGGCGGCAAGUGAAACUCUUACUCCUCGGGGCAGGUGAAAGUGGCAAGUCGACUUUUCUUAAACAAAUGAGGAUUAUUCAUGGUGUCAAAUUCGAGCCAGAGCUUAUCAAGGAAUAUCAACAAUGUAUAUAUCAGAACAUAGUGAAAGGUAUGAAGGUGCUGGUGGAUGCCAGGAAUAAACUCGGUAUACCCUGGGAACACCCGGCAAACAGCGAGAAUGGGAGUUACGUUCUGAGGUACGAAAACACUAUGCCAUUGGAUACCAGGCUUUUCGUACACUAUACACCGACCCUCUUCAAUUUGUGGAAGGAUUCGGGGAUCAGAAGAGCUUUCGAGAGGAGGAGAGAAUUUCAGCUGAGUGAUUCUGUUUCAUAUUUUCUUAACAACCUCGAAAGGAUAUCGAGAGUGGAUUACAUUCCUACCAACAAAGAUAUACUCCAUGCAAGAAAAGCUACGAAAGGUAUCUCAGAAUUCACCAUUCCCAUUAACAACAUACCUUUUAGAUUUGUUGAUGUUGGUGGUCAACGAUCCCAAAGGCAAAAAUGGUUUCAAUGUUUUGAGUCUGUAACGUCCAUUCUUUUCCUUGUAUCAUCUUCAGAAUUCGAUCAAGUACUUGUGGAAGACAGGAGGACCAAUAGAUUGGAAGAAUCGAAAAACAUUUUUGAUACUAUAGUAAAUAACCAAUUCUUCAAAGACUCCUCUAUAAUUUUAUUUCUUAACAAAACUGAUCUGUUAGCUGAAAAAUUGAAAUCUGGUGAAACCAGCAUCAGGUGGUACUUUCCGGAAUUCUCAGGAGAUGAAAAAAAGUUGCAGGAUGUUCAAAACUUCCUUCUUGAAUUUUUCAGAUCAGUUAAGAGGGAACCAAAGAAACCAUUGUUCUACCAUUUUACCACAGCUGUCGACACAGAAAACAUAAAAGUUGUUUUUAAUGCUGUCAAAGAUACAAUCCUUCAUAGGAAUCUCGAAAGUCUUAUGCUUGAAUGAGGAAUGACCAAAAUAUUGAGUAAUAAAAGCAACUUAUUAGCUUUAACAUUAAUGAAAAAAAAGUCGAUAUCUCAUUUCCUUAGUGAUAUUAUUAUUAAUUAGUACAUGUCUUUUUUAUAUAUGUAAUGUAACAUAUAUGGAUUGUAACACAUUGUAUAUUAAAUUAUCAACUAUGUUCUUAUAAUUUUUUUAUGGGUAAUUUUUUUUUCUCUUUUGUUCUUUUCUUUUUAUUUAUUUAUUCUGUGUACAUAUAUGAGUUAACAUGUUGUGGAUGAAUUCAUGAGUUUUGAGAUAUAUAAUUUUUCAUUCCAAAAUAUUUAUGAUUCAUUUAUAUUUAAGCUUUACUGUCAGAAGUAAAAAUGCAUUUAUAACCACUAAAAAUAUUUAAUCAAAUUAAAUUAAACAUGAUUUAUCCUUGAAUUGUAAGCAGAGUCACGUAUUCAAUUAAUUUAAAAUGGUUUCUUCUAAAUUGAACAAAUUAAAUUUUUCCCUUUUUUUAAACAAUUGAAUCUCCAUUUCGGAAUAUUGAUUGAUCAUCAUCAAUAUUUUUAAUUGUUGAAAAUCAGUUUAACAUUCUCACUUCUUAUAACUCAGUUAUUUUCUUUCAAUUACAGAAUCUCAAUCCACCUCCGAAUUGCAAGUAUGCGAUCUGAAUAAACUGUGAUUAUUUGUGAUUUAUUUUUGUUUAUAUAAAAACAUACUAGAAUAUAUCAAAAUUUUAUUGAGUAAGUUAUCAGACAUCACAUGUAAUUUAUAUCAGUCUUCCUUAAUUCUAAUUAAUUAAAAUGAUGAUCCCUGUCAAUGAAUUGACAAUAAAAAUAAUGUCUUAUAGAGUUAUAAUUGUUAUUUUUGUAUUCAUAUUUUUAUGUAUAUAUGUAUAUGCAUACAUUUAUCUGCUGUCUGACAUUUUCUAUUAUAUUUUAAUGUACAUAAAAUCAAGAUAAUGUAAAUGGGCUCAUUGUAUAUAUAAAGAGUACUAAGCUGAUUAAACUGUAUAUGAAGGAAGUAUACUGUACAAAAAUGAAUAUAUACAAGUCUAUUUUUUCUCUAUAUUUUGUAUAUCGAUGAAUGUUUGUAAAUUUAUUAUUUUUGCAUUGAAUUUUGUAUAUAAAAGAAGUACUAAUAUAAUAUUUUUAAUAUGUAUUCUUUUUUACUGACUGGUUUAUUGAAAAAGGGAAUACCAUUUGAUUAUUGGGACCAAUAAUGUAUUUUGUAUUAUUUAAUAAGAAUCAUAAGAGAUACUGUUAUUAAGUUUUGUGGCUAAGUACUAGUUCUAUCAUCUUGUGAUAAAAUGUCUGUUUAUUCCCUUUUCAUUGCAAUAUAAUCAAUCGAGUGAACUCAAUUAUCUGAUUAUUGUGCUUAUCAAUGAAGUUGAUAUUAUGAAUAUAAUGUUCACCUAGCUUGCAGUGCCUUGAAACCCAACUUAGGCUAAUUACCAAAACAGCAGAACCAUUACUGUAGGCCUUGGCCCUUGAAGGGAUAUUGCUGUUUAAAAUUUAUAUUAAAUAUUUUAUUACUAAACCACCCCUGGGAUUACUGAUCUAUGUAUAUUUUCUUAAUAAAUGACAUCACAGAUAGAUCUUUGCAUGCCUUAGAAAUAUAAUGCGUUGUAUUAUAUUUUUUUGACCAUUGCUCAUUUACGAUUUAAAGUCAGCCAUAUUUAAAUUUUUGUUGAAUUAAAUAUUUAGUUUGCACAAUUAACACGUGCCAAUAAUUUAUUAUUUAUUGUAAAGUAUAAUCAUUUUAUAUUAAAUAUAUAGAUAUCUCAUUUUUGUGUAAAUUAAUAAUUAUAAUACUUAUUUAGUUAGAAUUUUUGUCUUGUUUAUAUAAUCAGAUAUUUUAUUUUAUAGAAAAAUAUAUGUAUAUUAAUUUGUAUUCUUGUUGAUCCAACUAUAUGUCUAGUCAUUGGAUUUUUAAAAAAUAAUUUCUUAUAAAGGUUGUUUAAGUUAUGAUAUUUUCACAUCUAUUAGUGGUAUAAGUGCUCUCUAAAGAUUAAUUUUCUACGAUAUUGAUUUAAUUUUGCAAUAAAAUGGUACAUGUUCUCAUUAUAUACACAUAUUGUUAAUUAUUAAGAUCUUUAAAUUGUUUGACUUAUUAUUAUUAUUUUUUUUAUGACAAUUCUUAAUUUUAUAAAAAUAAAACAGUACAACAUAAUAUAUAUGAGGUUUAUACAUGGCAUUUAAUUUUUGAACUCUUUAACCC